CUCUGUUGCUGCAAGUGGAUAGUAUUGGAAUCGGUCAGUAUCGCGUCAGUAGCAGUUCGUCGCCAGUGUAUGCGGAUGUGGUAGGGUCAGUGCACCACGCGUGUGAGAAAAGUUAACUUGGAGAUGCCGAAAAGGACGAUACAGUCUGGUUGCUGAGUGCUGCAGUGAGACCUGGUGGUGGAGUUUGCUGAGCGCGAGCGACUUUUAAAGGGAAGCACAAAAAAGUAAGAGACGGAGAGUUGCUGUUGAGCAGCAAAACUUUGUUGGGUGACAGAGAGCAGGUUUGCUAGGCUGACAUGAAUACUGAGGAGAUGAGAAAUGUGGAUAUCAAGGAGGAGGAUCGUGAGUGGGAGUCCAUCCAAGCAGUACCAGAAAAUCUGAGCGUUAAGGGUGAGGAUUGUGAACUGGGAUCAGUGGCUAUAAAAGAAGAGACUGAGGAGAAGCCUUUCAUCCUCGACUUGCAGAAACGGGAAACAAAAGAUGACCACCUCCUAUCAGAGUCUGCCUUGGAGUUUGGGUGUCCAAGUGGUGCGGUAGUUGAAUCGGCCUCCUCUCGGAAUGGACACCAUUCUUUUGUGGGCCAGUGUGUCAAUGUGAAGUCUGAGUCCUUCAUAUCGGAGCAAGCUGGGUCUGAGGAAGUGCCAUCAAGGAGAACAUUGGAGGAUCAACCAUCAUCUGCAAGCCAUUGUAAAGAAAGUGAAAGUGUGACCGUACGUUUACAGAAAGGCGAGUUUGCCGUCGAACAUGGAGGAGACCUAAUAAGUACUAACGACUGUCGGAGGCAACAACAUUUAUACCAUGAUGUGAGUGAGGGCCUCAUGUGUGAUUUUAAAUGUAAUGGAAAUCAUUUCUGUAACCACGUUGAUGCUGCAAGAGAAGAUUUGCUGGGAAUAUCGGUCAAUGCUGAUCGUGUUAAUCCCAACUGUAAAGUAAAGAGGAUUGCGGUGGAAGGAAAGCCACGCUUGUGUCUCUUUGCAAUCCGUGACAUCUCUCCUGGAGAGGAAAUCACAUGUGAUUAUGGCAGUGGAGACUGGCCUUGGAGAUGUAAGGUGACCGAAAUGGAGAAUCCUCCAAAUGCAGGGAGUGCGGUGGAGUCCGUUAAGGAUGAACAUAAUUCAGCAAGUGGCUCGUCCUCCAUCAGGCAGGCUCUUCCUACUGCAAACAGGACUGUGGAGGUCAAUGAAAACAAAGUCGAGAAGCCUGAAUUAGCACAUUUCUCGUCAUGUGACAAGCAGGUGGACAUGGACGUGAGUGGAUCAGACUCUGACACGGUGGUCUCCGAUGAGAUGGAGAUUGAUUCUUCAGUGCCACGUGUACAGGGAAGCAAACGUAUUAUACUUGCAGAGAAGAAUCUUAAUCCCGAUGCCAGUUUGAUAAAUACCCUUGAAAGCACCAACCAGGAUUGUAUGCCUAUUUCUUUAAAUGAGAAUAGUUCCGAGUAUAGCAGUUCUGCCGAAGGUACGCCACCCCAAUGCAAAAGACCACGCAGGUGUUGGAAAGCUGAGAAGAAGCAUUCCUCUUCUGAUUCCACCCCUAAUAUUUGCAGCUCGGAGGAUGUAACCGAAUCUAAUACAGAACCACAAUCCCUUUCCGUCAAAGCUGUUUCCAAAAACUUACGCGGACAUAGACUAUACAAUAAGAAACAGUACUGCCUGUACUGUAGUAGGCCUGUUUUGAAAAUGGCCAGACAUUUAGAGCAAGUUCAUUCUGAAGAGAAGGAAGUUGUCGAAGCUCUACAAUUCCCAAAAAACUCCAAAGAGAGGAAGAAACAACUGGACCAUCUGAGAAACCGGGGCAAUUUUGCCCAUAACCAUGAAGUAAUCCAGAGUGGAAGUGGAGACCUUAUCCCAUGCAAACAACCCCAGAAACCAAUGGACUCCAAAGACUUCAUGCACUGUGCCAACUGCCAAGGACUCUUUGCAAGGAAGUUUCUUUGGUGCCAUAUGAAACGCUGUAAAUUAAAAACCUUAGAUGAAGCUGCAUCAAAACCAGGAAAGAACAGAGUGCAGUCCACGUGUGCGUUUGCAAGUCCUAUGCCACCUGGGGUUAGCUGUGGGUUAUGGAAGAUCUUGAGUGUUAUGGUGCAUGACGAGGUUCUACUGGCAAUAAAAUCGGACCCUUUCAUUAUACAGCUGGGCGAACACCUUUAUGGCAAGGUGGGGUCAGAUGCUAGCAAGCAUGAGUAUGUUCGGCAGAAAUUAAGGGAGGUCGGCAGACUACUGUGUGAAGCCAGAAAGAUGACUCCUCUGCGUACAAUGGAAGACUUUGUCAAUCCGUCAAAUUUUCUUCAUGUAGUUUGUUCUGUAAAGAACAUUUGUGGUUAUAAUGAAGGUACGUGCACCUUCAAAACUCCAUCCCUUGCACUAAAGCUUGGUCACAACUUACAGAAGAUAUCUUGUCUUGUGGAAAGUCAAGCAAUGAAGCAAAGCAACAGCACCAUGGCCAAGACUGCACGAAAUUUCAGACAGAUGUACGGAACAAGGUGGAGCAAAAUGAUUUCCUCAAAUGCCUUGAAGAUGCUACGAGACGCCACUUGGGAUGUGCCACAAGUCUUGCCCUUUACUGAAGAUGUUAGGAAGAUGCAUGUGUAUCUAGAUGAAAAGCAAGAGGAAUACUAUCAGAAGCUAAUGAAGGAAGCUUCCGGAAGUAACUGGAUAAUGCUUUCCAAGGUUACACUGGCUCAGGUGAUUUUGUUUAAUCAAAGACAAAAGGGUGAAGUUUCAGGGAUGCUGCUGUCCACAUUUUCUUGCAGGGAUAAAACCGUCUUGCACGAAGAUAACGCUCUAGUUCUCCCCGAGUUGGAGAAAAGACUUUACCAGCACUACACCCGCCUAGAAAUCCAAGGUAAGAAAGGAAGGAAAGUGCAAAUUCUACUCACUCCUGCAGUGCAGCGAGCAAUGGAUCUACUUGUAGACAAGAGGCAGAGCUGCGGAGUUUCCCGAGAGAACAUUUACAUGUUUGCAAGGCUAGCUGCACUGUCGCAUAUCCGAGGAUCUGACUGUAUCCGAGUGUUCGCAAAUGAAUGCGGAGCAAAAGAUCCCAACGCCUUGACGUCGGCUAAAUUUGGUAAGCAUGUGGCGACAUUGUCCAAAGUUCUCACCUUAAGUGAUGCGCAACUGGACCAGUUAGCUGACUUCCUGGGACAUGACGUACGAGUUUGCCAACAAUAUUAUCGUCUUCCAGAAGGAACAUUACACCUGGCUAGAAUAAGUAAAUUGCUGAUGGCUCUCGAAAAAGGAAAGCUAGGAGAGUUCAAAGGAAAGAAAAUGGAGGAUAUUAACAUUGAUCCCGAUGAUCUCCUUCAAGUACAUAGUGACCAUUCGGGAAGUGAGGAUGAGUUGGGAGAUGACGAGGAAAACCGAGGUCUUGACAAAUCAAAGAGGAGAAAAUGCUGUAAACCUUAUAAAAAUGUCCAAAAGAGAAAAUGGGACGACUCUGAGGUGAAAGCCGUCGAGAAGCACUUGGGAAAGUUCAUCCGCACGUGCAAAGUGCCAGGAAAGAAGGAAUGCGAGCGAUGUCUGACGGCUGAGCCCGAGGUAUUGAGAACCCGAGACUGGAGGGGCGUCAAGUUUUUUGUUAAGAACAGAAUUACUGCAUUAAGGAAGAAACUCUGAAACAAACGAAGCUCUGUGAUCGGUAUUUGUAUGCAGCGCCCUGACGAGUGUUUGGAUUUACUGGACGUAGUAUUUCAAGAGUUGCAGGUUUCGGUUUUUCAGUUUUUUGAGGAUUUCGAUUUGCUACGUAACACGAGGGCUGCUUAGUCAGUUUUUGUGAUGAUCAGUGUAUUAAGAAUUUAAGGUAAUACCAAAAGCAGAAUUUCUUUUCGAGUACUACAUAUUCUAUAGUUCCUUGGGAUCUUCUGCCUGUUCCUUGGUCCAAACCUGGGUCCAUGGCGUCCCUCCCACAGGGUCUGUACUAGUUGAACUGAAGGAGAAUCCUUUACCAUUCUUGUUGUCCACACAAGCCGCUUGUUAUACGGUGUUGUUCUAAUGUUUUCCAAGUAUAUAAACUGACAUUUAAGCUUCCUUUUGCAAAAGCAAGCUGUUGCUGAAACAAAAAUGUCAUUCCUUUGGAAUUUUGCUCAUUUUUAGGCUCAGACCCUGCUCUCUGGCAUUGCAGUACUUGGAGCUUUACUGGCUGAACUAAAGGAAUCCAACACCCCUGUUAUGCACUCCAUUGGUUUGUACAACAUUGUACAGUGACAAGUUGUUGCCCUGCUUGCUGUCAAGGGGUCAGCCAGGGUGGUCCUGUCCAAGAUUAUCCAAUCCACUCCUGGCUUCAGUGUCAUGAUCUCUGGUUUCCUUGAAGUUUCUACCUUUACCAAGAAUUGAACCCGUCUCUUUGACAUUGCACAAGACCUUUGUGAUGGAAUGUCAGAUGCCCAGGCUUCAAACCUUGGAAUGGUCAGAAACCUCAUGGAACCCUGAUAUCAUUCUAUUGGUUUCAGCAAUGUUGGUGGAUACCCCAGGAUGGGUACUGGGUUGCCUGACUACUUGAGGGGACGUAAUAUGACAAGUUGCCAUUGUAUAAUGAUGUGUGACCAGUAGGGGGCACCACAGAGCCCCUCAAACACACAAACACAAGCUCCAGGUUCAAAUUUAUUUUAACAAAUUGCUUCACCAAAGAAUGCUUUGUAUAGCUAACAGAAACUCUGUUCUCUUCUCUUCCUCUCCUUCCAUUCCUCCAGUUGAGCUUCAUCCUCCACCUCCCCAUUCUGACUUCUGGAGGUGAGGCAUUGGAGCCCCAUUUCUGCCAGAGCUGAGAGUACUUACAGUGUUACAGCAGUGCAUGUUGGGGAGCACCUCCGGGUCAGGCGGGAGUUUCUUAAAGUAAGGAGCAGUCCGUCCCUGCAGCACCCAUGAAUCCCAACAGGCCCGUCUCAUGGGACUACACUUCCCAACCUGCCCUGCGGGUAUCCGUGCAGGCACCCCACUCUCCUACUGUCCCUCCAUUAUACUGGCCUCUUGACUGGGCACCUUGAACCAUCCUGCCGGUCCACCAGCUCAUGCUUUGUGUCCAUAACACAGGGAUGUUGGGUUCUCCCUUAGUUUAGCCAUAAACUCCAGUAGUACGAUGCCACAGACCUCGAUUUGAUCCAAGAUACAAGCAGAAUCAGCCUGAAAUGGGUCGAUUAGACAUCCGUCUUCAUAGUUGUUCGUUUGUAAAAGUUUAAUGCUGGAGAAAUUUUACAAUUGUGGAAAAGUAUCUGGAACUACUAGAAGUUCUGCCUCCUUUGUGUAAAUACUUUUUUUUUUCUUUCUUAAAUAUCUACCUCAUUUGUGUAAAUAGAAAUGUGAAAAAUAUCCUAUUUGUUAAUAAAUUUUUUUUUUGCUUUGUGUGAAUUUUUGCAUUAGGAAAUAAACAUUUAAAUUGCAUAUACCUGGGCGUCGUUGUCCGUGGCCCUGUGCGAAUUCUAAAUAAAUCGUCGCGCCCCAAAAAGCGUAGGCACGGGUGGACGCAGCCGUGCGUUUCCUUCCGCGGCUAACGCGCAGAGGCGGGCGGAUCAGUCGGGUAACUCGGUGAUGCCGCGGAGGAAGCAUCUCGUCGUCAUUGUGCUGAAUCAGACAGGCAAUAGAAGAGGAGCCUGCACGGCAGAGACGAGGAGACAGACAGACGCAAAGAAAAAGAAAGAAUAGAGCCGUGAGAGCAGCCAGUGAGUGCGCGUGCGCGAGAGAGAGGCUGUGAGGCAGCACGGGGUUGGUGCCGCGAAGGACGAGCGCUUUAGAGGCGCUCCUCCCCACUGAGUAUUUGUAGAAAAGCGAGAGCGAAAAGGCAGCCAAGAAGCUCGUUUGAUUGACCCGAUUACGACUGUGUUGGUUUUAUUCUCGCUUUAAAUCCUGGAUUUUUUUUCUCAUGGUCUAUCACCGUUACUUUUAAGGAUUUAUUUAUUAUGGACAUUUUGAACACUUUGGUUUUUUUGGAAUUUUAAUAAAAUCGUUUUUUUUACACCUACCGUCCAUUCUUUGCGAGGUGAGACCCCCUCCGCUGCCCGGCUAUAUACAGUUACGGUAUCGACAGUGGCGGCUUCUAGAAUCUCCCAAACAAAAGUGGGAGCAUGGAGCUAACCUGCAACCUCUCAAUACCUGCCAUCAGGUGUAUACCCGGGGGUUUGUGGUGUGUUUGACCGGUGCCACCUGUGGUGAACUCUUGUUGCAAAAACCAAUAAUCCAGUUUAGAAAACCUUUAAAAAGGAAAAAAAAAAAUCAAACCGUUGUAAGAGCCGGAAAAACUCGAUUUGUUUCUUCUAUGUGCUAAUUGAAGUUCAAGUCCAUAAUCUUCCAAUAUAUUGAAGCAUCUGGAGAAGAGUGCCCAUUUUGUGCCAUCGGUUUCCGCAAUGACUCUGUGGUGCUGGACAGAUUUAUUGAUUUAUUUUGGUUUAUUUUAUUUAUUUUUUUUACACCUGCAGGUGGUGGUGUUCAGCUGAAGUUGUCAUAGUGCGGUAAACUGAACAAGGAAAGUGGUAACGUUUCAGUAGCAGUAGAGGUUCCUGUUUUAACUUAUAUAUAUAAUUUAUUACAAGGUGAGCCAAAAAAUGAAGUACCACCUUUCUCAAGGUCAUUGCGUGAGGUAGAGGCGGCUGAGUGGGAAUGGGGGCGUCCUUUUUAGGCGACCCCUUGUAGUUUCCAGUUGGCACACGCCUUGGUCUGGUGCGCACCAUGCUUUUGUGGCAGAGCUUCUUCCCAUUACAGCGCUGCUUUGCUUACUGCAGAACUCCUCUCAAUAUGUUUCACUACCGGGAUGUCCUGCGUCUUAUGUGUUCAGUUGAUACGCGUGUUCUGUUUUUGCAUUUAGACCAUGGAAAUCUGUCUGUGCCCGAUUAAUCACUCGAAAGCCACACCACAAAGCGGAUCAUUUUCAGUUAACUUCUAGCAUGGGCUUUAGGGGGUUCCCACACCUUAUCUUUAUUCUGCACAUGAUUUUAGUAAUUUGUUUCCAUCUUUAUGCCCAUUGCCCUUAUUUUCAUCUACUUCUGGUUAUGAAAGAUAAAACGUCUUAAACUCCCCCCCCCCUCUGGGUAUGGACACUACCCACCCCUCCCUCCACAAUCUGUUCACGACUCUCAUCCAUUUGCCACUUUUAUGAUUGAAGACUCUGCGUAACCCAAGUGCAGAGAUCACGUGACCCAGACACUAUGCCACUGCAGAAGGUCGUGUUGGUCCCCUUAGUGGGCUCAAAUAUCACUAGGAUGACCCUGCCAGAGUUUAUCAUCUCUUGAAGAUCAGAAAGGUAUUGCCCGCUGAAGCCCUUGUGGCUGUGUGUCCAUCCGCAAACAACUGGGGCCUCAUCCAUAAGGCCGUGUGUAGAAUUCACACUAAAACAUGGCGUAAGGACAAAAUGUGCGUACGCAUAAAAAAAUCCAGCUAC